AAACCUCUUUGCACAGCACGAUCAACACAAGACCAGCUUCAAUUCAAGUGCACAUAUUUUAGCAUCCUAGAUUGACCCUUUUGCCCCUAUUCCUCCACUAACUUUUCCCUUAUUAUAAAACACAGUCACAAAUCCAAGAGAAAUAACAAAACAAUAAACAGAGCCUUGGUGCCCUGCUUCAAUGGCGUCCAUGGCUACCUUCUUCGUGAAAACCUCCUUCCCCUCUCAUUCUCUGACCAAAUCGUUUGAGACCCGUUUUGCGCCACCCUUGAAAGUCAACGUCUUUGUCGGAGCCAGGUCGAGAAUCCAUCCGGGGCUCCGAGUUUCGAGCGGGUUGAUCGAACCCGACGGAGGGAAGCUGGUGGAGCUGGUGGUGGAUCAUUCGGCGAGGGAUUUGAAGAAAGGAGAGGCCUUUCAGCUCCCGAGGGUGAAGCUCUCAAGAAUCGACAUCGAAUGGGUCCACGUGCUCAGCGAAGGUUGGGCGAGCCCACUUCGAGGGUUCAUGAGAGAGAACGAGUUCCUCCAAACGCUUCAUUUUAACUCGCUCCGACUCGAUGACGGGUCGGCGGUGAACAUGUCCGUGCCGAUCGUGCUUGCCAUUGAUGAUGAGCAGAAGCAACGAAUCGGGGAUUCAAAAAGAGUCGCGCUUUUUGAUUCCAGUGGCAACCCUGUCGCCAUUCUCAAUGAUAUUGAAAUUUAUAAGCACCCUAAAGAAGAGAGGAUUGCGCGAACUUGGGGAACCACUGCCCCUGGCUUACCUUAUGUUGAACAAACUAUUACCAAUGCUGGAAAUUGGCUGAUUGGUGGUGACCUUGAGGUUAUAGAACCUGUCAAGUACAAUGACGGGCUUGAUCAUUUUCGCCUGUCCCCUUCUGAACUGCGCAACGAGUUUGCAAAGCGCAAUGCAGACGCCGUGUUUGCAUUCCAACUCCGGAAUCCUGUCCACAAUGGACAUGCUCUGCUGAUGACCGAUACCCGAAAGCGGCUUCUUGAUAUGGGAUACAAGAAUCCUAUUCUCUUGCUUCAUCCAUUGGGAGGUUACACCAAAGCAGAUGAUGUUCCACUUGAAUGGAGAAUGAAACAACAUGAGAAGGUGCUUGAGGAUGGUGUUCUUGAUCCAGAGACAACAGUGGUAUCCAUAUUUCCAUCCCCAAUGCACUAUGCCGGACCGACUGAGGUACAAUGGCAUGCAAAGGCUAGGAUCAAUGCAGGAGCUAACUUCUACAUUGUUGGUCGGGACCCUGCAGGCAUGAGCCACCCAGUUGAGAAAAGAGACCUGUAUGAUGCUGACCAUGGGAAGAAAGUACUGAGCAUGGCACCCGGACUAGAGCGUCUAAACAUUCUUCCUUUCAGGGUUGCUGCAUAUGACAAGACUCAGGGCCGAAUGGCAUUCUUUGACCCUUCAAGGCCUCAAGACUUCCUCUUCAUAUCAGGCACCAAGAUGCGCACGUUGGCGAGGAACAAGGAAAGUCCUCCUGAUGGAUUUAUGUGCCCCGGUGGCUGGAAGGUGCUAGUUGACUAUUACGACAGCUUAGUACUCUCCGGCAACGGCACAAUGCCGGAAGCUGUUCCAGCUUAGGUGUGUUGUUGUUCUGCUGUAUAUUUGAUUGGGAGAAACCGUAAGCUUAUUAUUCUUCUGUCAAGAUCUAGAUUCCAACACAGGUCACUAUGACUAAUAAUAAAAAGUUGAAAACUUUAGGGAGAAGGCAUUGUGACAUAAUUUGCCCCCCUCUGUAAUUAUGGCAUCUAGUGUUGCCUCUUGCACUCGGUGUGUGCCAUUGUGCAUGUCAACCCCUCUGUAACAUAUUGUGCUUGUGCUAUGGAUUUGGUUUGGGAGUUUUA